UCUCUCUGUCUCUCUCUCUGCUCCACAUUUUUUUUCUCUAUAUCAUUGAGUUAAUUACAAAGAUCUUAAAUAUACUAAAAAUCUUUAAAAACCAUGAUGCAAAUUGGAUCAACAGUUCCGGCACACAAUCUUCAAAUAUUUCAGGCAAGAUUUGCCGUUAAUUGUAAUGGGUCAUCAGUAAAACCAGCAAUUAAGGCUUGUACAUCAACCACCAAGAUCACAAGACAACAUUUAUCAAAUCUUGAAAAACUUAUAGGGACAGAGAAACCUCAGGCGGCCACCCAACCGGAAUCAAAGGUUGCCGAUAAUGGGUUGCCGGAGAGUAGAGUAAAGGGUCUUUUAGAAGCACUAAAUUUGCCUCAAAUUUGGCCGGAAAGUAAGGCAGCUGAGGAUAUGUCUCCUCGCCGCCUAAACCGGCUAAAACGAUUGUUGUCCAAAAAUGGGAUCGAAUAUUCCCCACGCAAUAGUCUAGCUUGUCGCUGGAGAGAGUAUCAUGGGAGUAAUAAUUGGGAGGGUUUGCUUGACCCUCUUGAUGAGAAUCUCCGGAGAGAAAUGGUACGGUAUGGUGAGUUUAUUCAAGCGGCGUAUCAUUGUUUUCAUUCUGAUCCCGCCACUUCGGGUAAGGAAGCUCCUUCUCCCCGACAAGUGGCGGUUCCUGACAAGUCGUACAGGGUUACCAAGACCCUGUACGCCACCUCGUCGGUGGGCUUACCUGAUUGGGUUGACAAGGUGGCCCCGGAUCUUGAGUGGAUGACACAACGUACUAGUUGUAUCGGAUACGUGUCGGUUUGUGAAGAUGAAAGAGAAAUUUAUAGAAUGGGACGAAGGGAUAUAGUAAUAUCCCUUCGUGGUACAGCCACAUGUUUAGAAUGGGUUGAAAACAUGCGGGACCUACUAGUAAAAAUCCCAGGGGAGGCAAACGCCAAAGUACAAUGCGGGUUUUUAAGUCUGUACAAGACCGCCGGAGCUCAUGUUGAGAGCUUGGCAGAGUCUGUGGUUACAGAAGUCAAACGGUUAACUGAGUUAUACAAAGGAGAAAACCUGAGUAUCACCGUGACCGGGCACAGUCUUGGUGCGGCUUUGGCCUUAUUAGUGGCCGAUGACCUUAGCACUUGUGCCCAAGACAUGCCGCCAAUAGCAGUUUACACCUUUGGCGGCCCCCGUGUUGGAAACCGUGCUUUCACAAAGCGUCUUAGCUCCCAAAACGUCAAAGUACUACGGAUUGCAAAUUCGCAAGAUAUCAUUACCCGGGUUCCAGGAAUGUUUGUUAGUGAAGAACUUGACAAAAAAUUACGACAAACCAAAGGCGCUCAAAAAGUGUUGGACAUACUCGAUAACAACAUGCCAUGGGCAUAUGCUCACGCCGGAAAAGAACUACGAGUCGACACAAAAAAAUCUCCAUUUCUUAAACCGGAUGCUGAUGUGUCAUGUUGCCAUGACUUAGAAGCAUACUUACACUUGGUAGAUGGUUAUAUGGCAUCAAAUUGUCCAUUUAGAGCAAAUGCCAAACGAAGCUUGGUGAAGUUGCUACAUGAACAAAACUCAAAUGUGAAGAAACUAUACACAAGCAAAGCAAAGGGGUUGAAGUUAAAUUUAAAUUUAGAUAGGGAUAUGCAAAUGUCAAAUUGUUUGCCGAGUCCAUCAUAACUUGUCCAACGCCUGCUUUUUGUAGUCUUUUAGAUCUUUUUUUCAAGAAGGGUAAAUAUACUUCUUGUUGAUAUAUAUAUAUAUGUAUCUCGUUGGUCUCAA